AUGAGCGGUUUCGUCAGAAAAGCCGAAAAUGCCUUGACUGGCAAUCACCACAACACGAACACGACCAGCUCUACAAACCAUGGUCCUCACAGCUCCAACCUAGCUAACAAGCUCGACCCUCGUGUCGAUAGCGACCGCGACAACCGCGCUCGUCACCAGGCUAUGGGAGGCACCGCUGGACCACAUGCUACCAAUGUCGCCAACAAGGUCGACCCCUUUGUUGACAGCGAUCUAGAUAACCGGGGCACUCAAGCCAGUAACUUGGGAGGCUAUGGUGCUGGGACAACGGGCACCCACAAUCGGACGACCGUCCCCCAUACUUCCAAUGUCGCCAACACGCUUGACCCUCGCGUUGAUUCCACAACCAUGGGCAACCAAGCCCAUUAUGGCCAUACAGGUACUACUGGCGGCUUGAACACUACUGGCGGUAUGAACACUUCGUCAACCACCACUGCCGGCCCUCACAGUUCCAACAUCGCCAACAAGCUGGAUCCCCGCGUUGACUCCGACAUGGACAACCGCGCUCGCCACAACGCCAUGGCAGGAAGCAGCCACGGUAACCCACGAUCCGGCGCAACUGCGGGCCCUCAUUCUAGCAACAUCGCUAACAAGUUGGAUCCUCGUGUGGACUCUGAUAUGGAUAACCGAAACGCGGGAUUCCAGCGCGCUCUUUGA